GGCUUUUGAGUCAUUCUUUAUUUAAUUCUCCGGCUGCAGCUCCAGGUCUCUCACAGUGAGAACGUGGCACUGUAGUAGGUAUAUACAGCCUCUCCUCCGACAUCCUCUCUCCAGCGUCCAUUAACCAGGGUCUGGGGGACAACAAAGAGGUUGUCAGAAAUUUUAGUGUUGAAUGGUGCAAUUGAUACCCAAUCAACAAAUAUGGCUUCACCCACACCUUCACAGAGUGACACGACGACUUCGGCGUCAACUACGUCAAAUUCAUCCGACAGCGAGAUGGGCGAGACGACAGGGCCCAACACUCGAUGCUCCAUCUGCCAUGAAACCUUCACCAUCCCUAAGGUGCUAAGCUGCUUCCACACAUUCUGUCAGCCCUGCCUGGAGAAACAGCAGGAGGUUGCAGACAAGGUCAGCUGCUCUGAAUGUCACCAGGACACUUUCCUGGGCGGUCAGGGGUUGACUGGUCUCCUGCCGGACUACGCGGUCAGCAAUUUGUUAGAAACAAAUGCUCUGGACACAAGUGCCUUACAUUGCACAGGCUGCAAGAGCAAGGACCUCAAUGCAGUAGCCCGCUGCUUUGACUGUGCUAACUUCCUGUGCGCCAACUGUGUGAUGGCUCACCAGUUUAUGCAUUGUUUCGAGGGUCACAGAGUGGCAAGUCUGAGCGAGCUGCAGGGCAACAAAGAAGACAGUGGGAACAAGACGGAGAAACCCAUCUACUGUCCACGUCACAAGACUGACGUACUUAAGUUUUAUUGCAAGACAUGUUCGCAGCCAAUCUGUAAGGAGUGCACAGUGUUCGACCAUGGCCGCGGGCAUGACUGCCAGUUCAUCAUGGACAUCGGAGAGCGACAGAUGGAUCAGUUGAGAAGCCUUGACGAAGAUGCCAAGGGCAAAAUCACUGAGCUGCGGACAUCAGCCAAGGGAAUCGAACAUAUGUCCAGCAGGUUACAAGUCCAGUACCACAAGGCACAGAAUGACAUAAAUGACACUUACAACUUCUAUCGCGCAAUGAUUGAGGAGCGCAAGCAAGAGUGUCUGAAGGAGCUGGAUCAGGUGUUCAAUACCAAGCAGGUGUCCAUCAGUACACUAGCUCAGAAGAUUCAGGAGAACAUCGACAGGCUCUACCAGGGAUGUGAGUUUGUUGAUAAAGUCCUCAAAUUUGCCAGCAUCACCGAAGCAUUGUUGUUCAAGAAUCUAGUGGAACAGAGAUUCCAGAACAUGUUCAACUUUAGCCCAGACAUGGAUAAUCAGGCCUACUUUGACAUGGAGUUUGUGUCCAACUUCCAGGCCAUCACCACCGGAGUGCGCAACACCUUCGGGUACAUACGCGAGGGUGAAGACAUGAUAGCUCCAGUCCAGAAACAACAGCCCAUUGCUCGACCAAAUGGCAUUGUCACCCAGACCCCAGUUCUCACUAAUGGUCACAUCUUCGAGCCUCCACCGAUGACCAAGAGCGAGUUUGGUUCGUCCAACAGUCUGAUCUUCCCACCGUCUGAUACAAGCAUGUAUGAGAAAUGGUCUGUAGGUCUGGACAUCUUUCAAAAUGGCGUUGAUGUAUUCUCCACAAGCAGUGACCCUCUCUUCGAUCUGACAUCCAAGAUGAACAUGACGAGUCUUUAUCCACCGAAAUCCCAGAUCAAACGUCAGAAGAUGAUCUACCACUGUAAGUUUGGCGAGUUUGGUGUGAUGGAGGGACAGUUCACCGAGCCCAGUGGAGUCUCUGUCAACGCUCAAAACGACAUCAUUGUCGCAGACACCAACAACCAUCGCAUUCAGAUCUUCGACAAGGAGGGCCGAUUCAAAUUCCAGUUUGGUGAAUGUGGAAAGAGAGAUGGACAACUGCUGUAUCCUAACAGAGUUGCAGUUGUCCAGUCGUCUGGUGACAUCAUCGUGACGGAGAGAAGCCCCACCCAUCAGAUCCAGAUCUACAACCAAUAUGGACAGUUUGUCCGUAAGUUUGGUGCCAACAUUCUCCAGCACCCUCGAGGAGUCACUGUAGAUAACAAAGGUCGCAUUGUUAUCGUGGAGUGCAAGGUGAUGAGGGUGAUAAUCUUCGACCAGUAUGGAAACGUCCUACACAAGUUUGGCUGCUCAAAACACUUAGAAUUCCCCAAUGGCGUAGUCGUCAACGAUAAGGAAGAGAUCUUCAUCAGUGACAACCGUGCUCACUGCGUUAAAGUCUUCAACUACCAGGGAGUGUUCCUGCGACAGAUAGGUGGCGAAGGCAUCACAAACUAUCCUAUUGGCGUCGGGAUCAACGGUCAAGGUGACAUUCUAGUAGCUGACAAUCACAACAACUUCAAUCUGACCAUCUUCACUCAGGAGGGCCAGCUUAUCAACGCCCUGGAAAGCAAGGUGAAGCAUGCUCAGUGCUUUGACGUUGCCCUCAUGGAUGAUGGAUCCGUGGUCUUAGCCAGCAAGGACUACCGGCUCUACAUCUACCGCUACUCACAGAUACCGGGCAUGGGCAUGUGACUAGACUGGGAGGCCGGACCAGACCGGGACGAGCGUCUGUUUCAGCAUUUAAUGAGCACCCGCCCACCUUGCACAUAAGUGGUUGUUGUUUUGGGAUUGCCUGGUUGUCGGACUGAUCCGGAUCGUUAAAGAGUUUGGUUAGUUUGGAGAUGAAGCAAGAAAUCCUACUUAGGAUGGAACAGAACAGAAGACUGCCCCGUUUUAUGGCUGCCAUAUAUAUUGUUUACAAUGUUAUGACCGAGAUGACAGAGUUGUCGGCUUUGGUUGAAAUGUGACGUUGAUUUCAUAUGAUUGUAUACGACUGCUUCAGCAAGCAAGCAUUUUUGGAUGACUAUUAUUUGUUAUUGCGUGUGCUUGUCAACACGUAAAUCUGGAAUGUGAUUCCGCAGAAUUUACUCAGCAGUAACGACACUAGUCAGACAUUUUCUAUCACAUGACGGCCUCCGUCUACGCGGAACUAAGUCUGGUCAUGUCUAUUGUGUUGCUAUGACAACAAUCGUCAUAUCAUGCCAGAUUAUUGGGUCCUAGUUAAUAUUGUGUCGCUGCAUCAGCCCAGCAGUCCCAUUGGUGGGGAAUUGUUAUUUUUUAUUAUCCUUUAUUAUGUUGUUUCUGCAUGGCCAUCAUAUAAAACAUUUAAAAUCAGUAUUCACAUCACCCGGCUACACCUUUGAGAUCGCUGUGCUGAUGUGGCUGCAAAAAAUCCCUACAGGAAAGGAAAAACAUAGUUUCUCCUUUUCUUUUUAUACUAAUUUAUUGAAAAAGAAAUGUGAAAAAUAUUUUUUCUGCAAAAGAGAAAUGUGAAAACCAAAGGGUCACCCGACUGUAUCAUCGUUGUCAACUGCUAAUAAGCUUCUUGCCUGAACAAAACUUUUAUCGUCUUUUUUUCUCUUGGCUUUCUUUCUUCACAUUAAUUUUACACUUUAAAUUUCGGGAAAAUGGCGUUCUGUUUCUAGAGCUGGAAAUUUAGAAGUUUCCAAUGAUGGAUACAUAAUCGAUGCCAUCAAAGAACUUUUCAAGGCCAGCAGACGACAGUUGAUGCACGGGCCCCUUCUGCUGUACUGAUGUGAUAGCCAUGUUGUGGCAUUGUUCCUUAGUUACUCUGUUCCCUCUCAAUUUGACCAGAUUAUUUAAUUAUGCUUUGUAAAGGUUUUUCAGUGUUAUUUAAUUUGUAGUUUAGUAUAUAUAUAUAGCGUUGAAAUAUUCUCAUGUUGUCCUAGAUUUCUAUAUAUAGUUGUUUGGUUUGGUUAUAAUUGUUUUCCCGCCUUGUUUAAUAUUUGACCCCCUGAUUUUUGUUGUUGUUGUUGUUUUCCCCUUUUUUAUGAUAUUAUAAUUGGUUGCUGGUUCUCUGUUAGGUCACUGUUCUGCCACAGUGACGUGUUGCUGUCAUGGCUACCUCAAAUGAUACUGUAUUUAUAUACAAGUAGAUCAAAACUUCAUAGCAGUCAAAACAGGUGGAAUAAUUGUUUUCGUUUAAAUAUUUAUGUAUUAUGUCAAAAAAAAGUUUUUGAUCAGAAAAGAGUUGAAAGGGAGAUCAAUAUUCUAUUGAAGAAAAAUGCCAAAAUGUUAACAUACAUUCGUAAGUUCACCGUUCUUCUUAUACAAUGAGGAAUAUAAAGGUUAUUGUAUGUUAACACAGUUUUCUCAUAUCUCCUUAAUUGGUAUUGAAAUGAUACCAGUAAAAUAAAGGUUGUUUAAUAUCUCCGACACUAAGGGUUUACAACAUUGUUUGAUAAUAUUUUGGUCAAUGGUGAAAAACAAUAUAAAAUUUAUGAUUGUGUAUAGCUUCUUGGCAUAAUAUUAUUUUUUCUCUUUUAUUUUAUUUAUGAAAAACAAAAGACUAUUAUUAAGAAAGAAGAGUUUAUGCCUGCAGACAAGGGUUUUGCAUAUUUUAUUGUAGAAAGUGAAACAUAGGAGUUCCGAAUAUAUUUCGUAUUCAAGUUUUUAAUGUUUUUUGUACCAAUGUACCGAGAUGUUGUGUUUUCACCAAUUAAAGUUAAGCUUUACUAAACAGCACACAAUCUGCUGGAGUAUUUCAUGCAAGUUGGUUUUUUUCCCGAGAGAUAUCGUGAUUUCGUAUUGUAUUUUUAUACUACCUGAGAUUUUUUUGUAUGUCUUUAUUAUCUGGUCACAAGGAGUUUUGUACUCUAUGUUCUAGGUGUUGUGUGCGACGUAGCUGUGUUAGUUAGUCCGAGACAAACUGGUACGACGGCCAAAAUGAUACCUCGCCAUGUUUGUCUCUAUAUAUAGAGAGCCACGCUCAUUGGUCCAUAUCUUACGCUGGAGAAUGUGGAUGUAGUGUUGUAGGCUGUCAACAAAAGGGUUUGCUCCGUUUAUAGACCAAAUUGUUUUUUCUACUGAAAAGGAAAACUUAAUUAAGAAGUUUUAUUAAGUAUUUGAUAAUAUUAUUUAGAUACUAGUUAUAAGCGUAUUCCUAUUUCUUCCAUUUGCAUGUAACACUGGGAAGUUGUUCUCUAGGUUUACAUGACAUGCCUCUUAAGUCCAAAAGUGAACUUUUUUCAAAAUCAAAAUAGAUGUUGAUUACAAGCAUUAUGAGAGUUAUUGUGGGACUGGAUGUUAGCUGUUACCUAGGUGUAUUUUGAGUUAUUUUAUUGUGUACAUUCGUGCAAAUUGAUACAAUUUCUAUGGGGAACUGUUGCACAAGAAGUCCUCUCUUGCCCAAUAUUAUGUAGCUUGUCUAGUUAUGCUUUAUUUUGUUGGAAGUGUGUGGGUUCACAACCUCCACCAAUAUCCACAAAUAGAUAUUCCUCUCAGCAAAUCAUGAACAAAGUGAUUAUGGGGUGAAACUAUUUGUUAUCAUCUUGUUGGGGUUUAAUGUCUUAUAAUAAGAAGGGAAAAGUAGGCUGGAUUAUACAGAUCGUGUCAGAAGAAAAGAUUAACAUAAAUUAUCACCAAAUUUCCACAUGCAUGUGGUUAUACCGUUUUCAUUAUCAGAAUUUAUUAAAUGAUCAUGGUUUUGAUAUUUGAAGAAAGAAAGAAAAAAAUAGUUGUUUAAUUUUGAUUCGAGUACUCGUUCCCGUUAUAAGUGCUUUUCUCACUAACUGAAGAUGAUUUUGCCAUUUAAUGUGUAAGUGUUCAAAAGUAUGAAUUAUUUUUCUAAGUAUGUUAACCGUUAUAUAGGGGAGAAGUGUUGACCAAACCGUUAUCAAAUAUACCACGGUGUCUUCCUAUCUGUAUGCAUGUGUUUAUCCAACCCUUACUCUGUGUCUUGGACCAGUCCACUGAGAGUUUACCUGCUCCGAUGGACUGUUCCACUGUCAUGAAUAGUGGGGAUGGAUGGAUAUGCAAUCAUAACUGUUCGUUGUUGUUUUAAGCUGUUAUGAGAAUGCAUAAGCAUGAAUAGGCCUUAAUUUGUAAAAAAAAAAGGAAAAAACUAUUAAGAAAAAAAAUACAAAGAAAACUGUUUUUGCUUGUUCACUGUCAUUUUGAUAUCAUUAUCCAUGUUGCUAUGUGAAUUUUCUGUUGAGAUUCCCAGCUACGGGUAGAGAGAUCAGGGUUUGCUGUUCUCUUAUAUUGUUUGGCCCCAUCUCGCUACCCGGCCAAGCGGGCUUGUUACAAAUUUUACCUGUGUAGACGAUGCAUUAUGUGGUAAGAAACGGUGCUGAAGCCACCAUGAGUAUAAUCACCAAUUCCUCUUCUCAUUUUUUAUAUGAAAUGAAAACAAAAUUCACUCACCAAAUUCAUGCAUGCAUUGGAAAAGCCCGGUCUUUUAUUGAAAUGUUCCAUCCUCAUUUUCACUGUUGUCAUCAAGUUCAUCCCAAUGUGUGAUUGCCUUAUGCAUUGUCUAAAACGACCACUUUAUAUUCUGGUAUUUUGUAAAUGCGUUGUUUAGCUUUGUGUGUAUGCUUUAAAUGUUUGGUAGCUGUCCGACAUAUUUUCUGUCUGGUUAUCAAUAACAUGGUUAACAGUUGUUUUUUUUUCUAACAAAAUCCACAAAAUCUAUAUAAGAAAUAAAACAAACCUUGUUAUCUCCCUCGUUAACAUGUAGCGUUAAAUUGUUAAUUUUCUACUAUUAGUGCUAAACAUAGAGUUGUCUCGUCUUAUCUUCAACGGCCCUUGGAAGAAUGGUCUUGAGUGCAGACUUUGAAAUUGUUUCAUAUGCGAUCAUUUAUUUCAGAUUUAGAAUUUUUACAACCAACUCCUGACUCUUCGAUGUGCAUUUGUCAUCAAAGUGUUGCUACCUUAGAUAGUACAUUCCCCAUAGUUACACGUCCUUGUUACCGUGGUGAUUAGUUGUCACCACUAUUCAUCAUUAUCCAGCCAUGUUUUUGUGCAUUGGUAGAUUUUUGUAUACACAAAUGCUCACAGUAUAAUCCCGAGAUUUUACAAGAAAUAUUUGCCUCAGUCGACUUCAACCCCUUUUGUUUAUUAUAAUAAUUUAUUUUGCAAUUUGUUGAUCUAGAACCACCUCAUUUGUUAUGUAAAGUUCCCCAGAAUAUCCCAAUCCUAAGUUAUCUCCCUUUGACAGUUCGUCUCGAUAGGUGUGUAGAACUUGAUGAAUGACCUCCCCUGUAAAUAAAUUGUGAGAUGUUCACCUAAAGUCUGGUCAAGACAGAGAGACAACGUCCAGCUUUUGUUUAUAUUUAAUGUAAAGUGACCACAUAAAAUCGUAUGUUGUAUGUCUGUUGCUAACAUUAUUUACAGAAAGUGCCAUUAUUUAAAGUAAUUUCUUGGUUUGUUCCUCUUUGUUGCCUGUUAUUGUUUGUGUGUACCUAUACCUGUGGGUGAUAAGUGUUGGUGGGUCGUUGUUGUGGGUUCCUGUAAUGCUGAUAUCAUGUCUCUUUGUCCUAGUAUACACUGUGAUGAUGCCUGCAUGUAUAUGUAGCCAGCCCUGGAGCCAGUGUUCGUUUAGUGUCUGUGAUCUAAGUCAGUUAUAGUCCACAUUGAGUUCUAGUACAUUUUUAACUAAUUGAUUUAUUGAUUAUUUGGUUGACUUACCACAGGUGUAGCUAUAUGUUAAAACAAGGCCCAUGUUAGAUAUUUUACAAACAGACAUAAAACCCAUGCAAAAUCAGCCGUCAUCACCACUCUGUUGAGUCUGUGUUCAUCCCAUGCGUUGUUAUCCCAUCACACUAAAGCAAUAUAUUGUUAUCCUCAUAAACUACAAUCAUGGCCGGAUGCAGUGUUACGUAGUUUUAUAAGUCCCUGGAUGUGCUCUAACGUGGGUAGAUGACUUACUCUAGCUGGUCCAUUUCCUGUAUCCCCAUCAAUUACUUAAUUCAGUACAAAUGUACCACAACAAAUUACUUCUUUUUCAACGCAUUGUCCGUGUGAUUUUAUUCACAUUAUUAAAAUAUAAAAGGGGAUUAAAUUGUAGUUUGUUCAAGAACAAAAAUUACUGACAGCUUUCAGCAAUGUUUUUCUUAACCAGUUAAAAAAAAAUCUUAAGUUAACCUGAACCGACUUGUCAUACCUGUAAUUCUGAUUCAAUAAUCUAUUUAAAUUAAUAAUAUUUAAUUUAAUUUUUUUAGUUACAAAUAAAUUGAUGUUACUUGGUCAAAGAAAUUAUGUGUAUAUGAAUUGUGAAUAGGCAUGUUUUGAAUGUAAAGAGAUUUUUUAAUCAACAUUGUGAAUGGCACUGGGCAUUGAUAAUUUUGGUGUAUAUUAUGUAUAAAGGCUAGCAUGUCAAAUUUUGUACAUGGUAGAUGGAUUGCAUGUUGUAUAUUUUAUUAUUAAAACAAAUUGUUAUUUUGGGGAGUUAUCUUUAAAGUCCAAUUUGACUUUGAGAGAGAUCUGUAUAGUAUCUGAAAGGAAAUUUAUGUUUAAUAGCUGUUGGUAGGCUUCAUCUGGACAAGACUCAAUCUUGUCUUUCUUUUGAGUUUUCAAUUUUGACAUGGCUUUUGUGGAUCUUGUAGAGAUGUGCAGCAUGGAAGAAAUUUUACCAGAGCUAUGUAGGGCAGAUAUUGUUGAAAUGAAGUUAAUGUUAGGUUUGGUGCAGCAAAGUUGUGGGUUAAAAAAAUAAAACACUAUUAAAAAAAUUAACAAAAAUAUAUUGUUGAUUGUUGAGCGAAAGGUCCAAUAGUGGUAGGUUUGAACCCGUACUAUUUUUUGCAUGAUAUGGAAUCAUUGAAUUUACAUAAAUGUUGCCUUUGACAAUAUGUUGCAAUGUUUGUUUGGUUUUUUUUUUUUUUUUUUUUUUUUUUAAAAAUNCCAGCUAGUGUUACUAAUGAUUCAAAUACAAAACAUAAUCAUGUGUUUUCUUAUUCUCAAUACUGGGAACAAGGGUGUGGUUCCUGGUGUGGGUGUUGUAUGUUACUCUAUGGUCUGCUUCACAUUCUCAAUUUGUGCUGUUGACAUAAGGGGCCUUGUUACCAUAGUUAUAUGAACAAUUCAUGGAAUUUAUUUUCCAAACCUGCCAAAAACAAGUUGGAUCUAAAUAUGAUGGUUAUCUUUUUGUCUUGUGCUCGUCAGGAGGACGGUUUCCAUAUGACUGUAUAUCUACAGAUAUAUAUAUAAAACACAUAAUAUAUUUAGGUAGUUACAAGUUGUUGUGUGAUCAUUGUUUGUCAAACAUUAUCAAUAUUAAGUGUUGUUUUUUAGGCUUCAUUCCGAUUUAACUUCAAGAUAUAUUAUCUAGGAAAGGGGAAAUGCCAGGCUUAACAGAAGAGCUCAGGUUUUGUCCAGGCUUAACAAAGAGCUCAGGUUUUGUCCAGGCUUAACAGAGAGCUCAGAUUUUGUCCAGGCUUAACAAAGAGCUCAGGUUUUGUAGAAUUUUCUUUGGUUUGCCUUUUUUCUGUUUUUGAUGGAAAGAAAUUUCAAGUAUUUUUAAUGAUAUUAUCGCUUACUUUUUUUUUAAUCCAGAAGUAUUUUGAAAAGGUAUAUAUGCUGAUGUUACCACAUGACAAAAAUAUGGAGAAAAAUAAUCAAAUUUGAUGAUGGCACUAGCAUUGAAUGCAGAAAAUGUAUGAAUUUUGUACCCUUUUGUAGUAUUUUGUAAUCAUUGAACUUCUUGGAAUGGAGGUGUAUAGUAAUACUCAAGAAAGUGUUGACUUGCAAUUUGUUGGUUGUUAGAUUCAAAUAUCAGUCAUUAUCAAAAAUAAAUGUUAAGCAAUACAAAUCACAUAAAACUGGAGAUAUUUGUAGGUUCGACCUUAGCCUCAUAUUAUAUACUUAUUCAUGAAAAUUGUUUUUAGGUAUGAACAAUGUUAAAUAAAAUGAUUGUUACAAAUUUAAAUGGGCAAAUUCCCUAAUCGAUUCUAUGUUUGUUUCAAAAGUGUGGGAGAAAUUUACUUUUGAGUGACAGUUUUUGAAUUUUUUUAAAACUUGAUUUUUUUUUAAGUGUAUGUUCAGGCCAGUUAUGUAAAAAAGUAUUUGCUCUGCAGAUUAAAUAUUAAAUUUACUCUUAUUUUCUAAUUAAAAACAAUAUAUUGGGUUAAUGAAAGCCUUUUACUUAAUCUUAGAUGUUUGUUACCCAUACAGACCUGUAAUUGCUCACGGUUAAAAGACUUCAGUCAAAAGAAUAGGAAACCUCAUGCGGACCUUGUGCCCAGACACGUUUUGACCAAAAGAUGUUCAGACUAGUGUCGGCUUACAAACAUACCAAUUCUUACAUUAUAGUUGGUUAUUAUUACCUAUUAUUAUUAUUAUUAUUAUUAUUAUAUAUACUUUUUUUCAUGUUGACCCAUAUUAAUCUGUUGUUCACAAAUUAUCAAAUAUAGUGUCUGCUUUGUUUUUCUUUUCCUUUUUUGUUUUGUCUAACAAUGAAUUAAUAAAUAGUUUAGAAAGAAACUGCAUGAAGUGAAUAUUAAACAAAAAAUAAAACAAACAAAAAAAAUAAACAUUUUUUAUUGCCAAUGUAUUUAAAUAUGUUAUAUAUCUGUUCUUAGAUUUUUCUUGAAUGUUAAGUUUUUACUGGUACUGUAUCCACAAUUUUGAAUUAUUCACAUUUUGUUAACUAGCAUUUAGAGUGAGUGCCAGCCAUGUUUUAAUGGAAGUGUUGUAUAAACGUUCACAUUAUCAGGAAUUUGUAGAUUGCCUUUGUUUUUGCUUAUAUCCCUUGAUUAGUUUAAAACAACUCCCCCUUCCCCACCUUCAAAUUUGACAUCAGAAUGCGACAUUUCCCAGGAUGUAAUUGGGGCCUAUCCAAGAUACUCUCGAUUAACCUGUGUUGAAUGCUACGAGGAAUUCCUUAGAGCCAAACCCAGGUAUACUGUUGAGUAAUCAUGUUGACCUCCUCGCAAGUUCCUAGGGGUCAGACCUAGAUACCUUGGAGUAGCUGUACUGAUUUUACUAGGAGGUACUACAGGGGCUAUGGGCGGAUAUUCUGGAGUAACCUGUGUCAACAUCAAAAGGAAGUAGUCGGUUCAUGUCCCUGGGAGGUCCUUUGGGCUGGACUCUGACACACUGUAACAGUUCAUGUCCCUGGGAGGUCCUUUGGGCUGGACUCUGACACUCAGUAACAGUUCAUGUCCCUGGGAGGUCCUUUGGGCUGGACUGGGACACCUAGUAGGAUAGUAGCCAGUUUAUGUCCCUCAGUGGUCCUGUGGGCUCCGUAGCCUGUUAAUGUCGCCUUGACUUACUGCCUGUGUUGAUGUCAUUAGUUCAGCUACAUGAGGUCCUAUUGGUCAAGCCCAGACACUCUUUGCGUAUCUUAUUUAUGUCCCUGGGAGGUCCUUAGGGCCAGACUUGGACAUCCUGUAGCCUGUUGAUGUCACUAGGUGUCUGGGGUCGCCCCCUGAUUUGACUGUCUUUGUUGAUGCUGUAGAUGUGUGUGGGGAGUCCCUUGUCUGUUGUGUGCCUUUGUAAUAGUAGUUUAGAACCCUCCCCACCGCAGUAGAUACGUACACCCUCAACACGUUAUCCUAUAUAUACACCAAACAGUUUGAAAUUUUAAGCUUGUCAUUUGAUAUAAGUAUUUUGUAUGGAGGAAAUACACUUUUCUUUGCAAUAAAUGAGUGUUUAGAAUUUUUAAGGUAAAGACAAAAAAAAAUCUUCCUAUGAUUAUUUUAGAAUGCUGUUGAUCUUGAAAAAUAUCCCAUUAAAACAGAAAUUAAUGUAGUGUGAAAGUCUUGCAUCCAAAUUAAGCUGAUUCCACCAAGAACUCUUUGACAAAUUUGUAGUCACUAUGGAAACGAGGGGUACUGAACAAGGGUGGCUAUGGAAUAUCCCUCAUUUAAGUGUACAAAUAAACAGUAAUAUAUUAACUGCUUUCAUUAUUAGCAUAUUUAGUCAUCCAUGAUAUUGAUUUAUCUUUGUUAAGUUUUAUUAUUUAUUCAUAAUUUAAAUAAUACUUAUGUACAUACUUAUUUAGUCGUCUCAACAAUGUAGUUUCAUCUUGGUCUGACCCUUAUAUUCGUUCCACUUGGUAAUGUGAUGCUGGUUUAGCAAUACAUUAGGUACCAUUCAUUUACCCCCUUGUUAGUAUGAUAUCGGUUAAAAUUACACAAAAAUUCAAUUCAAAUAUAAUUUCUAUUUCGAAUCUCAUUUUAAGAUUGUGGAAAGUAACAACAAAUACACAUGAUAUCUUCAGAAUCCAGUCCUGAUAUUCAAAUCUAUUUAAAAAAUAUCUGCAACUAAAAUGAUGAGAUACCAUUAUUACCAAGUGUUGAGCCAUGUAUGUUGUACAGUAAGAACCUCGUUUCCACGAUGACCAAAUCGUCACUGCGACAUUGAUAAAUCUAGGACAAGUUUACGAUAACAACUAGAUAUCAUUCUGUGAUCAUUUGAGCGGUGUGAUCCGAGAUCAUGACAUCAGUUGAGGUCAUUACGCCCCUAUGCCAAAGUAUCUUGAUAGAUCUGAACCUUGAUAUACCAAGCUUUUGUUAAUGACGACAAUGUCAAAAUCUCAAUAUUUUAUGAAAUAAACAUAACGACAAAAAAUAAAUAUGCAAAUUCUGGAUAUGUACUUGUGCUUAUGCCUAUGACUAGGGAUAAAAUUGAUUUUAAUAAUUUUCCCAUUAAUAAGCUUGGUACAGCUGAAAUGUUAUGAUACUUUAAUAGGUAGUACAUAUGUAAUGUUUAUUUAGAAAUGCUAGACUUGGAUGCAAGACUACUAAUGAAGACCUACUUUAGGGGGAUAGUUGGUGGCGCCAUUACUGUAUGAUUAUGUUGGUCAGUAAGAGCAUAUCUGUACAUGUUCUUAUAUUUAUAUAGAUUGUAGUCUCUAUAGUUAGCCUUGUAGUUGUACCAUGGAUCUAUCGUCAACGCAGUACAACCAUUUCUACUCAACAAAACAAUCCUUUCAAGUCCCAAUAGAUGGUCAUUAAAAACCUAAUGUUUGCUUUCAUUUAAGUUGCACUAAACUCUUUUUUUUUUGAAUUUAUGGUUAAACAUUUCUAAAUAGAAGUUUUAUGUGUGCAGCCAAGUGACUUAUCUACUACACCAUUGUAUAAGUAAAGAGAAUCUUAAUAUUUACAAUCAUGAAAAAAAUGCAUUAAUCAUCUCUAGAAUUAGAUACUGAAAAUCAUCAUUAUGAACCUCCGAAAAUAUCAUUGUAAGAGAGUGAAUCAAACUUCUGUGACCAAAGAGAGCAAAAUAAUUAUGGUGCUUCAAGAUUUGAACCGGUUAUUCAGUUUCCUCAAGGUAGAAUAGGGAUUGCACUGUUUUAUCAUCUCAUUGGUCAAUUUUUUUUUUCCAUAUUUCAUUUUUUCCUGCCAGUUGACAAAUAUAUCUUCAUGAAGUAAAAUCGUUACUCUUCCAGUAAAUAUUUGCCAAAAUGUUCUACAUUAUAAAGUUUUUGAGAAUAUUACAUACUGAAAUUGAAUUUUUUUAACGAAAUAUCACUUGGCUGCACACACACCCAAAAGGAUAAUAACUCUGGGUUUACUGCAGAAAUGACUACUCCACAAAAAAUCAUAGUUUCAACAAAAUUUAGAAAUAAUUUAUAUGAUAAAUAGUGAUGAGAAUAAGAUGUCUAAUGAAUCUGGUUGGCUGUAGUAAGAAUUUGCUGUUCUAUCCAGUUGUGUUUAUCUGUUGUUAUGAUCAGUUUGUGUAUCUACCCUGGGCCAGUCUCUAGUUAAUACAUCAGGACACUCUAGUUAACACAUCAGGACAGAACUGUUAUGUUGCUUUUUAUCACAUUCCAAGGUUAAUAAUUUCUCAAACACAGUUGUUAGCGGCUAAUGUUUAAAACAUUGCAUAGUAAUUACUUAUUUUAAAAAACACAAAUCCCAUCUGUUGCUAUUGUUUUUCACAAUAUGACAAAAAUCUUGUUACUUAAAAUAAUUUUUAAAUUGAAAAAAAAAAAAAUCAUAAUCAAUAUAAGGUGCUUUUGACUUAUUUUUCAGUGUGUGCAUGUGUUUAUACAAAAGUUUUUCAUAAAAAAGUUUUUAAUAAGUGUUGCUCCUUAGGUUUUUUGAAAUGGAAAAUAGGUGUAGAGUAGAUGAUAAUUUGUAUGGGAUGAUGUGUGAAUUUUCUGUCAGUUUUACUGUAAUGACCUGUGGAGUGGGGCAGUACCCAUGUCACUUAACAGGUACUCCCUCCCUUCAUGACGAAAACGAGUUUGUAAAAUUACUUGCCUCUUUCUGCGUCUGUUAGGUCUGCAAGACGGCAGUGUUUGCCAGGCACUGAACCAGGGAGUGGCAUAUUGUAUAUGCAUGCAUGUAUGAAGAACUAUUAACUCAGUAGAAAAAUAAUAUAAGAGGCUACAUGCAUAGUAUUUUUUGAGGGGACUAUUUCAACCCCACCAUGCAAUAGGUAUAGCAGCCCUUUCUCCCUCCCACAGGAACUGCAUGCCUACAAGUUGGGUAUGACCCCGAGUACAAUAUAUAUAUAUAUAUAUAUAAUUAGCCUUGAUCUCUAUGUUGAUUGAUGAACUGAUGGUUCUGUGUUAACUUAUAUAUAUUUGACAAACUGUACAACGGUAAUUCAUUUUUAUUGUCUAUUCACACGUUUUGUUAUGAGUGUAAACUGAAUGGUAUUCAAUAAAGUAUUUUGUUUGCUUCCAAAAA